AUGGAAGCAGGCUCCGAUAUUCAGUCUGAUGUAGACCUAUUAAUAUUGGACUACCUACUUUGCACCUCUAUAUACAGAUUGGUAUACACCAGCGGAGUGGAGCAGCCCAACGAAUGCAACCUCGAUUGGCAUAUUCAUACAAUACACGCUUUUGAGUCAGUUCUUCCACACUCUGGACUACUUCCUGAUGACAUUCGAGUCAAGGUCCAAUUAUUUAAAUUUGCCAAUGCCCUCCGAUGUUAUCCAGAUACACGUAAUACUUCUCAAGCUCGCGAAUCCCGAUUAAGUUCUAGUAGAUAUUGGCCAGAAGAAAAAUCAAUUUCGCUUUCUGAGUUGGCGGGGGCCUUCAUCACUCUCUGCUACAUUAUUGGUGCCAGGCUAUCAGAAGCGACGUGGGCUGAUACUGCAGCACAAUUUGUCAUGCAGGCUGCAGUCGAAGAGUACCAAAAGUCCGAGUCCUCGGCUUCUCUCAGCAAGCAUAUCACCUGGGCCAAGAACAUCUCAGAUCAGAUGGCAAGCAAGAACAAAGCGUUUACAGACUGCAUGAGCUAUCUUCAGCCACCAGAUGGGACAUCUGUCAAUGUUCACAUGCGUACUGUUUCCGCGAAGUUCCCCAUUAAUAAGUUUAAGUGUGCGGUUUUCGACACGUUGGUUAAAAUCAUGAAGGUCCUUGAACCACCUGUACUGAUUCAGCUCGAACGUGGGCAGCUCUGGGGGUUGAGCCGCGCAGAGACGAAGCAAUUGAAGGAUAGGGUAGGGCUCGAAUAA